CAAUAAUCGCAUAAUGGGCAAGAUCAUCAAAAAGGGAGUCAAGGGUGCUGCCUCCAAUUUCAUUACUAGACAACAAGCUUUGAAUAAGCUUCAGAUCUCACUUGCAGAUUUUAGACGUCUUUGUAUUUUAAAGGGUAUUUAUCCUCGUGAACCCAAAAAUAAAAAGAAGGCCAACAAGGGCAGUACAGCACCCGCCACUUUUUACUACAUUAAAGAUAUUAAAUACCUCCUUCACGAACCUUUACUUGCCAAGUUCCGUGAAUAUAAAGCAUUUGCAAAGAAGCUCAAUAAAGUACUUCACAAGGGUGAAUUUGCACUUGCUAAAUCGUUGGAAGAAAAUAACAGACCCAUCUAUAAUCUUGAUCACAUCGUCAAAGAAAGAUACCCUAGUUUUAUUGAUGCUCUUCGUGAUCUUGAUGAUGCCCUUUCCAUGCUUUAUUUGUUCUCCAAGUUACCUGCCGAUAAUAAAAUCAAAGCUGAUAUCGUGGCUGAAUCACAACAACUUAUCUCUGAAUUCCAAGCUUAUGUGAUGAAAACAAAGAGUCUCCGUAAGGUUUUCUUUUCAAUCAAGGGUAUCUAUUAUCAAGCUGAAAUUAAGGGACAGACGAUUACUUGGAUCGUUCCUUAUCAAUUCUCUCAAGAGAUCCCUACCGAUGUCGAUUUCCGUGUUAUGUUGACCUUUUUAGAAUUUUAUCGUACCCUGGUUGGAUUUGUUAAUUUCAAGCUAUACAAUGAAAUCAAUAUGACUUAUCCACCCAAGAUAGAUGAAACAGGUGGUUUUCAUUUAGAUGAAAAUAUGCCAAAUGCAAUCCAAAAGAAUAAUGAUGAAGAAGAGGAGGAAUCAACAGCAACAACAGCAGUCGAUGAAUUCAAGACAGUGACUAAAUCAAACAAAGGGAAUGAUGACGAUGAUGAUGACGAUGAUGAUGGUACAGUAACACUUGCUAAGAUUCAAGCUGCUUCUAAUGCUACCUCUGAUCUUCAAAAUCUCUUUAAGGAUCAGAAAUUCUAUUUGUCUCGUGAAACACCACGAUAUGCUCUUGAAUUCAUGAUUCGUUCUUGUGGUGGACAAGUAAGUUGGGAUCCUUCUGUAGGUUUGAAUCCUCCUUUCCCUGAAUCAGAUGAAACUAUCCAUUACCAAAUCACAGAUCGUCCUACAGUCAGAAACCGUGUUUUAUCUCGUACUUAUGUUCAGCCUCAAUGGAUUGCAGAUUGUAUUAAUGCUCGUAAGAUUUUGAAGCCAAGUCUUUAUGAACCUGGUAAAGUAUUACCUCCUCAUUUAUCUCCAUUUGUUGAGGUGAGAGAAGGUGAUUAUGUUCCUGAAACAGGAGUAGAAAGUGAAAAGGAAGAGGAAAAUGAAAAGGAAGAAGAGGAAGAAGAAGAAGAAGAAAAGAAACCAAAGAAGCGUACAGCUGCAGAAAUCGAAGAAGAGGAACAAAAGGAAAUGGCAACUGUCAUGAUGACCAACAAACAAAGAAAACUUUAUACAAAGAUGCAAUAUGGCAUUCAAAAGAAGGCAGAAGAAAAGGCCAAAUUAGAAAAGAAAAAGAAGGCACUCAAGAAGAAGGCAAAAAAUUAAAAGGAAGACUGUUCUAUAUUCAUUCAUCUCUUUUAUGCAUCUCUUUUUUAUUUCAACUCUAAUUUAGAUAUUUACAACAGACACACACACACGCACACAAACACACACCUAGUUACACCCUUUUUCUUAUAUAUAUAUAAAUUUUAUUGUAAUUGUUCUCUCUCAUUCUUUUUUUUUUUUAUUAUUAUUAAAGUAUGCUUGUUUGCCUUUAGUUUGCAAAAAAAAA